AUGUGCUUCCUUCUUUUCAUUUGCCUAUAUUUAGCAAGAGGUAUAUAUUGUUUAAAAACAUUUAAGGGUUUAUCGAGUGAUAUUAAUAGUAUAUAUUUAAGAAAUAAUGUGCAUAAGAAAAAGAGAGUAAUUGAUUGUAAUUUAUGUAUGUUGAAGAAUAAAUGGCGUUUAUCUUUUUGGAAGAAAAGAUAUGAUGAAAGGCCCAUUGAAGAAAAGCUAGAAGUGAUACCUGUUUUCUUGAUAACAAAUUAUAAUAGUUCACCAUAUAUAUUUCAAGAAAAUGAGAAACAAGUGUGUUAUAUGUUUCUGUGUCCAUAUGAUGCUGAAAAUAUGAUUAAUGAUAUGAUAAAAUAUAAUGGUAUGAAGUAUAAUGGUAAUAUAAAAAUUCAUAACAUAACAAUGAAGAAGGCAUAUGAAUUAAUAAAGGAAUUUUUACAAUUAGAAAAAAUGGAAGGAAAUAAUGAUGAUUCAAAAAAAAAACAAAAUAUUUAUUGGAAGCUUAUAUCAUCAAAAAGACAAUUACAGAAUGCUCUAUAUUAUUUAUCUUUUACAAAGAAAAGCGAAUUAAUGUAUCCUGUUUUUUAUGCAGAAAAUUUAUAUAUUCAAAAGGAUGGAAUAAAUAUUAUUCCUUUAUUUUUUGACCUUGAAGAUUUAAAAGAAGCUAUUGAACAUCACAAGGAUCAAACCUUAUCAAAAGGAAAUUACAAAAUUAAGGUGCUCAAUAUGGUGGAUUUAAUAUUUACGGUAAGAAUUAAAAAAAAAAAAAAAAAAAAAUUAAAUAAAUAA